AUGAUUAAUGCGUUCGCCUUGAGCUUACUGGCGGCGCUCGCCUCCGCGGCACCCCCCUCGAACAAACGCGACGUCGACACUGCCUACCCAUACAACGGCCCAGAGAUACCCAUUGGUGACCUUGUCGAUCACUCAGUAAAGGGGAACGGCACGGGUUAUAGACGACUCCGCGAACCGCCAGCCGUUAGGCCCCAUGGCGAGGUCACCAACAACAUCAACGUCAUCUCGACCGCCUUCUGGCCGGGUGGGAUGAACAUCCACUUCCAGACACCCUUCGGCAUCGGGGAUGACCCUCGCGUCUUCUAUGGCGAGUCCAAGGACAAGCUGAAGCGCGUCGCCAAAGGCAGCACCCACACUUACGAUCGAACCCCGCCCUGCUCUCUCGCUGAGGUUACGCAGUGCUCGCAGUACUUUCAUGAAGUUCCGAUCACGCAUCUCAAACCUGGCAAGACCUAUUAUUACCAGAUCCCUGGUGGCAAUGGAACUGAGCCCUCUGAAGUUCUGAGCUUCAAAACUGCUCCUGCUGCGGGAACGCCCGGCGAGUUCAGCGUUGGUGUCGUUUGUGACAUGGGCUAUACCAACGCGAGGGACACCCACCUCCGCCUGGUCGACGGCGUCGCCGACGGCAUGUCGUUUGUCUGGCACGGAGGAGACAUCUCUUACGCCGACCAGUGGUUUGCCGGCAUCACUCCUUGCGUGCUCGAAGGUCCCAAGGCGUGGGACCUGUGCUACAACGGCUCUCACUCGACUCUUCCCGGUGGCAAGAUUGACAGUGACGAGUACUAUAUCCCCGUUCCAGAAGGCGAGAUUCCCAGUCAGGGCGGCCCAAACGGAGGUGACAUCUCCACGAUGUACGAGACGAACUGGGACCUCUGGUCACAGUUCAUGAACCCGAUCACGAAGCACAUUCCCUACAUGGUAGCCCCAGGAAACCACGAGGCGACUUGCGCCGAGUUUGACGGCCCCAACAACGAGGUCACGGCUAUCCUCGAGGACAAUCUCGAGCCGGGUUCGCACGCCGACAAGUCCAAGCUAAACUACUAUUCGUGCCCGCCUUCGCAGCGCAACUACACCGCGUACCAACACCGCUUCCACAUGCCGGGAAAUGCUGAGCUGAACCGUCCCGGAGGCCAGGACAACUUCUGGUACAGCCACACCUACGGUCUCGCCCAUUUCGUGACUCUCUCGACUGAGACAGACUACUUCCGCUCGCCAUCGUGGCCAUUCAUCGCCGACAUGAAGGGCAAAGAGGGCCACCCUCUUCGCAACGAGACGUACUUGACCGAUGCGGGACCCUUCGGCCACAUCAACGGCUCGUACAUGGACAACGCAAACUAUGAGCAGAUUCAGUGGCUUCGCAAUGACCUUGCAAAAGUCGAUCGCAAGAAGACCCCGUGGAUCUUUGUCCUCUCCCACCGCCCCAUGUACUCGACCGAGGUAUCCAAAUAUCAAGUCAACGUCCGGAAUGCUUUCGAGGAUAUCCUCCUCGAAUACGGCGUUGAUGUCUACAUUGGCGGUCACAUCCACUGGUAUGAGCGCAUGUACCCCCUCGGCAGGAACGGCACGAUCUACAUGAACAACGUUAUUGGGAACAACACAUACAAGACUUGCAAGGACAGCCUCAUCCACCUUGUCAACGGUCAGGCCGGUAUGGUGGAAAGCCACUCGACCCACAAGGGCGAAUGGGCCAACUUUACUGCUGUCCUCGAUCAGGAGAACUGGGGCUUGGGCAAGAUUAACGUCAAGAACGAGACCCACACGCUGUGGGAGUUUGUCAAGGCUAAGGAUGGGCAGCUCGGGGACCAUCUCUGGAUUGUGAAGGAGUAA